CUUCCUUAUAUUGGAGGCCCUGGUGUAUAUAAGUGAUAUUGCUCAAGGCAACAUUGGAUAUGCACUCGAUCUUUCGCCAUCGCCAGGUUCCAGGAAUUUAUGCCGAUCCAGGGAAACCAACACUACAAUGGGGAAAAAGAGUAAGACGAAGAGCGCAAAUUGGCCUGCCGUCGAAGACAACCGGCCUCUGGUCUCACCAUAUGAAGGAGCCUCCUGUACCCUAACUCUUGGAGAUGAUGCACAGCGUUUUAAUAUCCCGCAAAAUUUGCUCCAACAAUUUCCCAAAUUCGCCGAGCUCGCAAGCAAUGGACACGUAUCGUCCAUGCGCCUUUCAGACGUCGAUGACGGCGUUGCUCACACAUUGGUCCACUUUCUCUUCACUAGGCAAUAUCAAACUCUUCGACAAGUGGGCAUAUCUACGGAAACAGAGAAUUUGAUCGAGUAUGACCGAAGUAUCAAGGCAUUGUGUGCAGCUACUGCGUACGAGCUUGCUGAUUUGGCAUACACAAGCAAGAAGCAGGCAGAAUACUACGGUACAACUAUACCCAUAAAUUUGAUGAUCCAGGUUGGCAACUUAACCUUCAUGAAGCUAGCCUCCUCCAAAGCGUGGUUCCUAGAGCAUUUGAGAAGCAAUCUUAGCAAAGCACUCCAGGCGGACGUACAAUUAUUUGCGCAACAUGAGUUUAUGGAUUCCCUGACUGACCUUGAGUUCACAAAGGCGAUUUUCGGACUCAUAGUAGAGCUGCUUAUUGACUUCAAGCGUGCUUCGAGUAGCCCUGUGAGAGAGACUGAUCUCCCCAUGGAGGAAGAUUCUGCUCGGCAACCACGGGUUGAAGAGUGCUGGGGGACUGUCGACGAGCCAGUUAACAGGUCAGUACUCAGUUCUGAGCCUGAGCCUGGUUCAAUUCAUGAGGCGAUUUCUGAUAUUGGGCCUACCUCCGAUCCUGAGCUGGUCCUUGAGGAGGUUCAGCUAAUUCCCGAGCCUGAGCCAGCACCAGAACCUGAGUCAAUACCAGGGUCCCAUUCAAGCACGGCCAGGCCUGCAGACGACUCUGUAUGGCUACGCAAGUCUGAGCCAGCUCUAGAGUGCGAAGUUCCUACAGAUCGUGACGUUGCUCUAGAGGUGGCUUUGGCACCUGAAGCGGUGGAUGAGGUUGAACCUAAAGCUUGCGAGGAAGGAGACGGCUGGGGUGAUACGUGGGCGUGGGGUCGUACAACCACGACCAAGAAGAAGACGAACAAGGGAAAGAAGAUGUAUGAGCCAGCUCUAGAGUGCGAAGUUCCUACAGAGUAUGACGGUGCCCCGGAGGUGGCCUUGGCACCUAAAGCGGUGGAUGAGGUUGAACCUAAAGCUUGCGAGGAAGGAGACGGCUGGGGUGAUACGUGGGCGUGGGGUCGUAUAACCACGACCAAGAAGAAGACGAACAAGGGAAAGAAGAUGUAUGAAUCAGCUCAAGAGUGCGAAGUUCCUACAACGUGCGAAGUUCCUACAGAUUGUGACGUUGCCCCGGAAGUGGCCUUGGCAUCUGAAGCGGUGGAUGAGGUUAAACCUACGACUAAAGCAAAGAAGAAAAAGGGAAAGAAGGGAAAGAGUAAGCCGGUCGAAGCGGAUCCCGACACAGAAAAGCUGAUGAAAGAGACACAGCCUCCAGUCCCCGCUGUCGACGUAGCCUGUCCCGAUAAACUAUCUAUUGAAGAACUGUUUGGUUAUUGGGGUCUGCCUCUUGUAAGUGCCAUAGAGCAGGCAUGAACUUAGACGCUCUGCGAACGGUCCGAAGAAUAGCAUUUCCUCCUUCUCGAUUGUUCGAGUACUUGACAAAGUGAUGGAGUAUAGCACAAGUGCAGGACAGCUCCAACUGUGUGGAGCACAUACAGCACGGUAAAGUGCUUCGUAGCUGGGCAAAAUGUGGAUGCGUAUAGCCAGGUUGGUGCAAUGGUCUGGGCAACGGGAAUUUGUAGUCGCCUCUGUAGCAUCUUCGUCUAGAAAGGAAAUCUGUGGAGAAUAAAGUGAUGGAACCCGUAUUGAAUGGUGAUACCACAAUAUAAC